UUGAAAAAUACGAGUCAGGUAAUGUAACGGCUAAAAAGGAGAACUCUGAAAUGAGAUGUUUUAGUUUAGGUAGGGAAGAGUGUAACAGGCUAAAUCUGCGUAAUGACAAUCAACCCGGUUGUAAUGGUUCCAACAACGAUUAUAUGCAAGGGACAACAAUCAAUCGUAGCCUAGAUAAAUUAGAAAGUAAAUUA